CUCGGGGUUCGCACCGCAAAUCCGUAAGUCGAUCUAGGUUAAACAAUCGUCCACCCGACCCACCCCACGCCUUACUGUUUUGCUGCCUCCUCCCCCUCAUCUCCCUGCUCCUUUUUCAACUCAUUCCACCUGAUUCUGCUCAUCUUUGUCAUCUUCAUCUCUGCUGUCCCAUCAUUUUCUUUCUUGCUAUUUCUUUUUUCUAUCUCUCUAAAGUGUCAGUCAACCUCUAGUUUCCUGAUUUUAUUGUUUGCUUCCCUCAAGCUAUGCCCUCCACCGAGAACCAGCAGCCGCUCGAUAUUGCUGCCGAGCGUGCCAAAUGCACCUUCGACCCCGCAUCCCUAACUCCGCUCUUCUAUGGGGGCGAAGAGAAAAUGCGCCAACUCAAGAACAUCGAGGCCAUGAUCGACAGUGACCCCGUCUUUGAUCGCUCGGACCGAUAUUUUCUUGGAAGAACUGAGCGCUUCAAGCGGGCCUUGCCAAUGGUGAAGCGCUAUGUUGAGUUGAGAAACGAGAAUGGUUUCACUCCAGAAGAGUCCGCAUACUUCAAGACCUAUGUGGACGACUACAUUCCCGUACAUCUUCAUGAAUCUAUGUUCCUGCCUGUACUCAGAGCCCAGGCCAGUGAGGAACAGCUCAAGAAGUGGGGCCCAUCCGCUGAAAACUUUCACUAUAUUGGAUGCUACGCCCAGACCGAACUUGGACAUGGCUCAGCACUGUCUCGCCUGGAGACCACAGCGACGCUCGAUACCGAGCGCGAUGAAUGGGUGAUUAACUCCCCUACACAGUCUUCUGCCAAGUUUUGGAUCGGAACACUGGGAAAGGUAGCCAACCAUGCCGUUGUUCAGGCCAAGCUAAUCAUUAACGGCAAGGACUAUGGCGCCCACCCCUUCCUCGUGCCUUUGCGAUCGCUGAAGGAUCACAGCUUGCUGCCCGGCGUCGUGAUCAAGGACCAGGGUCCCAAGCAGGGUGCCAUCUCCAUGGAUAAUGGAUAUGCCCGCUUCAACAACGUUUGCAUCCCUCGCGAAAACAUGCUGAUGCGAUUCUCCCAGGUGUCAAGAGAGGGUGUUUACUCAAAGCCCAUCCACCCAAAGCUUGCCUAUGGAGGCAUGACCGCCGUCCGCACUACCUUGAUCAACCAUUCAGCACUCUCCAUGGCCCGAGGCGCAACCAUCGCAAUCCGAUACUGCGCCGUCCGCCGUCAGGGCAAUGUGAAUGUUGCCACUGAUCUCGAGACGCAGGUUCUUGACUAUCCCGCAGUCCAAUACCGUGUUCUGCCUUUGCUCUCUCACGCGUUUGCCACCAUCUUUUCAGGCUAUUGGAUGAACGAAAUGUAUGCGCAAUACAAUGCCAACAUCUCCAAAGGCGAUACCUCGUUGCUCAAGGACGUUCAUGUGUACUCGUCAGGACUGAAGUCUUAUUGCACCAAGUUAGGCGCUGACGGCAUCGAAGAGGCAAGAAGAUGUCUUGGUGGGCACGGUUACUCCCUGUUUUCGGGAAUGAUUGAUUUCCACCGGCAGUUCCUGGCGACGGUGACCUACGAGGGCGAGAAUGCACUCUUGACGCAACAAGUUUCGCGCUAUCUUCUGAAGCUGUACAAGGAUGCGGUCCGUGAUCCCAAGCUUAAGUUAUCGCCUCCCUCAAAGUACAUCCUCUCACUCGCGGAUCAUGGUGCGUUCGUCCAGCAGAGAUGCCAGGCGCGUUCAGCUGACGAUCUUUAUAGGGCUGAUGUCGUUCUGGCUGCGUUCCAGCAUCGCGCUGCUCGCUUGAUCUAUGAGCUCGCCCAGGCGGAGAAGGCUGGUCAUGCGUGGUCCGAUCUCAAUCUCGAGUGCAUGCGUCUUUCCAAGGCCCAUGUGCAGUACAUCAUGAUCGAAAAUUUCUACAAUGGUCUUGAGAAGCGAUACAACGCAUCGUCGAAUCCUACGCAUGAGCAGCAAAACCAGCUGGCAGCAGUCCGGUCCGUGUACCACCUCCAUGUCUUCUACACCAUGGAGACAGAGCUGAGCGAGUUCCUUGAGGACAGCUACUUCAAUCCUGAACAGGCAGCCUGGGUGCGCCAGGGUGUCAAGGACUGUCUUAAGGCUGUACGGCCCAAUGCAGUUGGGUUCUCAGAUUGCUUUGGGUUUACGGACACGUUCCUGAACAGCGCAUUGGGUUCGUUCGAUGGACGGGCAUAUGAACGCAUGGCAGAGAUGACGGAGCGCGAGCCAUUGAACUCGAAGGAGAUGUCAAACGAGAAGGGGGUGAUCUGGGGUUACGAGCAGUACCUGAAGCCGCUAAUUGAUGGCAAGGCUGGACCAUACAAGGGCCGUGGUGCAUCCAAGCUGUAGGGGCCAAAGUCGUUUGCAAGAACUACGCCAGGCAAC